CACGUUCUCGUGUAAAGACCAAAAACGCGGAACAACACAAACUAAACGUUUGUAAUUACGUUUUAUAUUAUUGUAAUUAAUUAAUUAACUAAUUGUUAAAUAGAAUUACAAAUAGUGUGCGAAUAUAUAGAAAUAUAAAAAUUUAUUUAUUUAAAAACAAAACUUAAUUAAAACUGUGUAUUUUCAAUAAAUUUGAAUUUAAAAAUGUCGGUUAAUAUAAUUUGGUUCCGCCAUGGUUUAAGAUUGCAUGAUAAUCCAGCUUUGUUGGAAGCAAUAUCGGACAAAGAUGAAGGAAUUGAACUGUUGCCGAUUUUUAUCUUUGAUGGAGAAAGUGCGGGCACUAAAUCUGUCGGCUUUAAUCGACUGAAAUUUCUUUUGGACUCCCUCAAAGACAUACACGAUCAAUUGCAAAAUCUCAGUUUAAGUCUCGGACGACUUUACUUACUGCAAGGAAAUCCAGUUCAAAUAUUUCGCCGUCUUCAUGAGCAAUGUGGCAUAAAGAAAUUAUGUUUCGAACAGGAUUGUGAACCGAUUUGGAAUAGACGUGAUAAUGCGGUGAAGGAACUUUGCCAUGACUUGGGCAUAACAUGUCUGGAAAGAAUCUCACACACCUUAUGGGAUCCCAAAAAGGUUAUCGAUACUAAUGGCGGUAUACCGCCGCUGACUUAUCAAAUGUUUUUGCAUACAGUACAAAUUAUUGGUUUACCACCACGUCCGGUACCAAAUCCAGAUUGGAAAGAUGUCAAAUUCCACAAGCUGAGUGAAAAGCUUAUAAUGGAAUUAAAAGUGUUCUUGGAGUUCCCCACUCCGGAAGAUUUUAACGUGUAUCCCGAUGAAUUGAGUUAUUUGGCCAAAGUCAAGUGGAUUGGUGGCGAAACCCAGUCUCUGUUACAUUUACAUCAACGUCUCAAGGUUGAGGAGAACGCUUUUAAAUGUGGUUACUACUUGCCCAAUCAGGCUAUACCCAAUAUUUUGGAAUCUCCCAAGUCUAUGAGUGCCCAUUUACGAUUUGGUUGCUUAUCCGUGCGCAAAUUCUAUUGGGAUGUCCAUGAUCUCUUUAAAAAUGUACAAAUGCAAGCCGAAGGUCUUGGUAUGCAAAUGUCCGGUGGUGCUCAUAUAACUGGCCAAUUGAUAUGGCGGGAAUAUUUCUACACCAUGUCCGUGAAUAAUCCAAACUAUGAUCGUAUGGAGGAUAAUGAAAUAUGUUUGAAUAUACCCUGGGCUCAACCCAAUCAUGAACAGCUGAAACGCUGGACAAUGGGUCAAACGGGAUUUCCCCUAAUCGAUGCUGCUAUGCGUCAACUAUUGGCUGAGGGUUGGUUGCAUCACACUUUACGUAAUACGGUGGCAACUUUUUUGACUAGAGGUGGCCUUUGGCAAAACUGGGAACAGGGUUUGCGUUAUUUUCUAAAAUACCUAUUGGAUGCUGAUUGGUCGGUAUGUGCCGGCAAUUGGAUGUGGGUAAGUUCGUCGGCAUUUGAGCGUCUACUCGAUUCAUCGUUGGUCACGUGUCCAGUGGCAUUGGCCAAGAGAUUGGAUCCCAUGGGUCAAUAUAUUAAACAAUAUGUACCUGAGCUAUCUAAAGUACCUAAGGAGUUUAUUCACGAGCCCUGGCGUAUGCCUUUGAAUGUACAAGAACAGGCCGACUGCUUGAUCGGUGUCCACUAUCCGGAUCGUUUGAUUGAUUUGAGUGUUGCCUCUCAGCGCAACAUGUUGGCCAUGCGUACCCUGCGUAACUCACUUAUAGCUGAAGGAGCACCCGAUGAGGGACCACCACAUUGCCGGCCCUCAAACGAGGAAGAAGUACGAAAUUUCUUCUGGUUGUCCGAUUAAAGUGAAACAAAUUGAAACGAUGGAACAAUUGAAGACAAAUUUACACUGUAUAACAUUAACAAAUGUAUAACUACUUACCUAUUCUAUAUUCAUUCCAA